UCUGGAUUCCUGUGCACUGGAAACUUUUAAAGAUCUGUCUUGUUCCUUGGGUACAGCCCUUUCUGGAAUGGUUCCCUGCUCUUCCUGGAUGUAUAUAUAUGCCACUGAAGUGCCUCUGAAGAAAAUAGCAGAGAGACCAAGGCAAAGAACAAACAUCCUUGUCCUGCUUCGAUUCUUACUCAGAGCACAAUGAGGAAUGAAAUUUGCUCCUUAGCAUUUGCCCGGGCGGUAUUUGCAGAAUUUUUGGCCACCUUAAUAUUUCUAUUUUUGGGAUUGGGGUCUGCCCUCAAUUGGCCAUCAUCUCUCCCUACUGUAUUACAGAUCUCUUUAGCUUUUGGCCUGGCCAUUGGAACCUUGGUACAAAUAUUUGGACCUGUGAGUGGGGCCCAUAUAAAUCCAGCUGUCACAGUAGCGUUCCUGUUGGGGUCUCAGAUCUCUAUUCUACGUGCAGUGUUCUACAUAGUUGCCCAGCUUGUUGGAGCAAUUGCAGGAGCCGGUAUCUUAUAUGCGGUGGCUCCUCCUGAAAUCCGUGGAAACCUGGCCAUCAAUCAGGUAUCUGCCGGAUCCCCGGGUCUGGCACUUGUUGUGGAACUGAUACUGACGUUCCAGCUGGUCCUCUGCAUCUUCGCGUCCACAGACAGCAGGCGAACCGACAACGUAGGGUCACCAGCUUUGUCCAUUGGGCUUUCUGUGACUCUUGGACAUCUCCUGGGGAUUUACUUCGAUGGAUGCUCAAUUAACCCAGCUCGAUCCCUCGGCCCUGCAGCCAUUACUGGAAUCUUUACUGACCAAUGGGUAUUCUGGAUUGGACCUCUUACUGGUGGAAUUUUGGCUUCAGUCUUCUACAACUACCUCCUGUACCCAUACAACAAGAGCCUGUCUGAUAGAAUCGCUAUCCUGAAAGGUACAUAUGAACCGGAGGAGGAGUUAUGGGACAACAAGCAGGAUCACAAGAGGCAAUCAGUGGAGUUGUACUCUGCCCACCCUCUGCCUAAAGUCACAGAGAAGUUCUAAGCUAGUCGGACUUUACACCAAACCAUUAUUUAUGUCACUUGACCAAGCUUAAUCCUAGGCUUUCAGCAAACAAAGUUGGAGUGCACAUAAUUCUGUUCUGCAGAGUCUCUUCAGACGUAAUCCUUUGUAAAUAUACUUUUGUUUUGUAGUGCUUUACUGAAUGAUUUGAGAUAUAACACCAUUAUCUUCGAGGCUCGGGAGCUUGUAAACCACAAAUAUCAAAUCCCAUUUUAUGUUGAGCCUCUUCCAUAAAGUCAGUGGUACCUACUUGGGUGCAGUCAUCAAUCAUGCAAAUAAUUCCGUCUGACACAACAAUAUAUUGAUCUAGAGCCAUGGAUUGCCUUCAACUAGAACGUUCAAACAAAUGCCACUCUAUAUAAGCAGUUAUAUGGCAGUAGAUUUCCCAAGCAAGGGGGCAUCUUGGGAGUCGUAGUUUAACCACAGCUGGAGUGCCGGAGGUUAGCCAUCACAGGCUUAUACCGACCAAUCCGCCAUUGCAGCUUUGAUGGUGCCCAGGUCCCCACUGUGCUCCACUUCCUGCUGACUUUUCAGCACAGCAGGAAGUGGCUGGGAAUAGCUCUCAGCCAAUCGCUGACUUAAGUGGGUUAUCAUUGAAGACAGUGAUUGGCUGAGCAGCAUUCACAGCCAUUUCCUGCUGUGUCGGGAUGUCAGCAUGAAAUGGUAUGCAGUAGGAACCCAGGAACCAUCGGAACAGCAGCAGCUGGGGAUCCAUGAGUAUAAGCUCUGUUCUAUUUUACAUCAUAUGUAUCCCAACUGCAACCCUUUUUUAUUUGGCUGGAACCUUUAAGAGUACCCCCUCCCCUACAUAAAAAUAAGAGAAAUGAGAAGUAAAUAUAUUAUCUUGAGUUGUCCUGUUAAACAUUCUAUUCUGCUUUUUCUGAUAUCCGUUUCUUGGAAAGCUGUGUGAUGUACCCCUUGUAAAAUAGAACUGCAAAGAGUAAAUGUUGAUAACCAGACCCACAGUUCUUACCCCCCUCCCCACACUGUACACCCUGUAAAUUUUAAUUUACUAUUGACCACUGCCACAUCUGUAAUAUAACAACUAUAGGAUGUUAGAAUUAUGUGCAUUGACAACUAAAUCAAUAAAUCAUCAGCCCCUGAAGGUUAAGAAAAAAGUGAAUGGUCUGUAUGGCAUUUUGGCUCCAAUUGUGAAGGAUAUGAUGUUAUUUUAACAUUUUGUACAGAUUUUUCUUCCUGGCAUUUUAUUGGUUAAUCUUAUGCAUGCAUAUUAAAGCUGAUCUCAGCCUUCUUUAUAGAACGUUAGGCAGGUUCUAUGAUUGAUUGUAUAUACUGUAUAUACUGUAGAAAGCUUUAAAGGGGUUUUCUGGGAUUUUAAUACUUAGGAUAGGCCAUCAGUGUCUAAUCAGGUCCAACACUCAGCUCCCCUGCUCAUCAGAUUUUUCAGAGUAGCUCCAGUGCUGGAACUACACAGUUUCAUUCAUUGUGUAGUAGACAUAGCUGCUAACAGCAGUGCUGUCCCCAGUUACUUCAAUGGGAGCAGUGCUGCAGAAACCAGCUCCAUUCAUUGUGUAGUGGACAGAGAUGCUUACUGCAGUGCUGUCCCUAGUCCCUUCAGUAGAAGCAACGCUGCAGAAACCAGCUCCAUUCAUUGUCUAUUGGAUGGAGCUGCUUAUUGCAGUGCGGCCCCCCAUUCACUACAGUGGGAGCAGUGCUGCAGAAACCAGCAAAGGACAGAGCUGCUGUGUACUGUAGUUCUGGCACCGACUUCUGGCCCUGGAACUACUCUGAAAGAAGCUGAUGGGUGGUGGUACGGAGCAUAGCCUCCCUUCCUUCUUCAGAUGGCUAUCAAUAUUAAAGCCCUGAAAAUCCCUUUAAGGGCUUGUAUAUAUGCUGCUAUGCUAUACAUCUGACAUGAGUGCAUUUUGCAUCCCCCAUAACAAUGCACUAUAAAUCCAAAAAAUUAACCAUUGAUGCGUCUUAUAAUAGAUUGUACACAGUGUAUUAGGCUUCAUGCUCAAGUAAUAGCUGUGUGCACAGAGCCGGCAGGGUGGCACCUGAAAUCCUUAUGUUACCGUAUUAUGGAAGAGAUUUAUCAAAAGUAGUGUAAAGUAAAACUGGCGUAGUUGCACAUAGCAACCAGUCAGAUUCCACCUUUCAUGUUCCAAAGGAGCUCUGAAAAAAUGAAAGGUGGAAUCUGAUUGGUUGCUAUGGGCAACUAAGCCAGUUCUACUUUACACCAGUUUUGAUAAAUCUCCCCACUUGUGUGCCUGAAAUACACUGCAAAUGGGGGCAUUAUGUGCCAGAAUUCUGGUUCAGUUUGCACCACAAAACUGCCGAACGUGCCCUGCACUACAUUAAGGUUACAUGCCUACAGCAGUUCCGUUUACACAGAUUUUCUGCAAGGAUUUUUUCACAUGAUUUUCCCUGUUUUUCCGCUUCAAA